CGAAUGACUUCUUCAGCCGGCAGAGUCAGGUGAAGUUUAUGCGACGAAUUCAUUCGUCUGGUGUUGUGUUCGCGUGUUUUAGUUAUUUCCUGCAUAACAGAAUCUGUCAGCGGUCCUGUUGAGUUUUUUCGGGAAUGGAGAGAGACCGUGACUUUAAUUUCAAACUGCUGGUACCUCUUAGAAUGAAUACCGGACAGGUUAAUGUUGUUCGGCCAAAGGAAAAACACGACAACAGCAUGGACUGCUUGAAAACAAUUCAACAGGGUCACCUACAGUGUUUUGAUGAAGAAAAGAACAUGCCGUUUAACACAAAUGUGGUUGCAUCAACUAAGCCAAACAAACCAGACCUUUCAUCUACUAGAGGUGUGUCACCAUUGAAAAUGGCCGAGAACAUGUGUAGUAGCCCCGGUGAACUUUAUUCUAAGCUUUUUGAUGAAAUAGAGAAAAUUAAGUUUUGGAAGGUCAAAGUUGAGUCUGAGACAGCGCAGCAGGAACGAAAACUCCAAGAAAGCAAAAUAACGAUUGAAACCCAGCGAAAAGCAAUUCAGGAACUGCAGUUUGGAAAUGAAAAUCUUAGCAUAAAGCUGGAGGAGCAGAUUGGUGAAAAUGAAGAUUUAAGAAACAAAAACAGUGCAACAAGGAACCUGUGUAAUAUACUCAAAGAAACGUUUCAGUGGUCAUCAGAGAAAAUGCAGCUAUUUGAAUCUGAAAGAGAAGAAACACAUCACCUUUUCAUGGAAAAUAGUGAGAAUAUUAAGAAAAUUGUUGCAGCAUUUCAGAGCCUCAGUAUUCAAGUGGAAGCUGACCAACAAGAAAUGCAGAAAGUCAAAGACUAUGUUCUGCAGUUUGAGGGGCUUAAAGAGGUGUAUCAUCAAGAGCAUCUUGCAAAAGAAGAAGAGAUCACAGGGCUUCAAACUAGACUUCAGAGUAAGGAGCAUGAGCUUCAAACAGUCCUUCUCAGCCUUGAUGAAAUUCAGAAGCACUGCAAAGAUCUCGAAGAGUCAACAAAUCAGCAAGCUGAACAUAUUAAAAAUAUAAAUUCUGAGAAGGAAAAUAUUCUUCAAAAACUAAAUAUUGCUGAACAGCAAUGUAAAGACUCUGAAACCAAAGUACAGGAGUUGGAGGAGAAAUUGUCUGCUGAAAGGAAGAAAAAUGAAGAAGGCAACUUUGAGAUGGAAAGAUUAAAGGAACAUAUUGUGCAGCACAAAGGGGAGAUUAAUGCUUUGAAAGCAACCGUUGAAAUGGACUAUCAGAACAUGGAAACUCUCCAGAAGAAAAUGGAAGAACAGAAUGAGGCCCUGAAGAAACAAGUAGCAAUAGAAACAGAAAAAUCCAGUGAACUUGAAAUGAUAAUCAACACACUUAAGGAGGAGAUGCUGAAUCUUCAAAGGCUGAAGGAUGUGGAGCAGCACGAGUUGCUUAAGGAACUGGAGACAAAAUCAGCGUUUGCUGCAGAGCUUAUGAAUGAGGUUGAGAAGCUUAAAGUAUCGACAGCGGAGAUUAUUAAAGAAAAGGAAGAAACCGAACUGAAGUGUCAGCACAAGAUAGCAGAUAUGAUCACACUGAUGGAAAAACACAAGAGCCAGUAUGACCAGAUGGUCAAAGAGAAGGAGGCAGAGCUCGAAGAAAAGACGAAGAAAGAAGAGGAGGCAGUGGCUCGUGCAAAGUCACUGAUGUUGGAGUUGUCAACACAGGAGUUGGAAAUUGAACAACUUAAGAAACAGAUGAAGGCAACAACUACAGUGAAGAAUAAAAUGCUGAAGAAGCAAAUAGCGGUGGAAAUUACAAAAUCCAAGACACUUAAUAAAAAGAUCAACAGUCUCAAAGAGGAGCUGCAGAAGGUUCAAAGGCAAAAGGAUGAGGAGCAUCAGAAGUUGCUGGAGAAUCUAGAGUCAAAAUCCAAGCUCACAGCGGAGUUAAUGGAUGAGGUGGAAAAUCUCAGAAAAACAGCUGCAGAAGCUUUCAAGGACAAGGAAGAAACAGAACUGAAGUGUCAGCACAAGAUAGCAGAUAUGAUCACACUGAUGGAAAAACACAAGAGCCAGUAUGACCGAAUGGUUGAAGAGAAGGAGGCAGAGUUCAAUGAGAAGAUGAAGAAAGAAGAGGAGGCAGUUGCUCGUGCAAAAUCACUGCAGGAAAUGGAAUUGUCAGCACAUAAAUUGAAAAUUGAAAACCUCAAAAACCAGUUGCAGGAAAAAACAACAGAAAAGGAAAACAUGCAGAAGAAGCUGACUGAAUUACAAAUAAAGCUAUCUGAUCUGAAUGGAAGCCAGUCCUCUCGAGCAAUAAGCAAACAGUCAACAACUCCAUAUUAUAAACAGGAAAGACAAUUUGAAACUCCCGAGGUGACUUCUGCCAAGAAAAACAUCUUUGAUUUUACCAAGACCAUAAAAACUCCCUCCAGGAGUAGUGAUGGGAGUACUCCAUCUCUUGGGAAAACUCGGAUUCUGAACAAAGACCAGAAAACUCCAGGAAGUGCUGCUUCCAGCAUCAAUGGACAAUCAAAAAUCAAGUCCUACAGAAUAAGAACACCCCCCCUCAAUGAAAAAACUACCUGGUGGGAGAAGGGUACUAUCGAGCUGGACCCAAAAUCUGAAGACUCUGAUCAUCUUGAUCUUCUUACUUUUGCAAAUGGAAUAGCACGGAAGGUUUAUGCUCCAAAGUGCAAAGUCAACUUCUCAAAAAAGAUUCAAAGUCCAAUGCCUUCUGUCUCACCUGGAUUCUCCCUAAAACUAGCUGCAAUGAAAAGAAUGAGAGAUGCAGGUUGGACUGCAGUCACAGGUCUUGAAAAGAGACAGAAGACCAAGGACAAGAUCUUUGCAUAAGUAUUGCUACUGGUUCAAAGAAAAACAAACAAAAUUCAUUUGAAAUAGAAUACUUCAACAUUUAUUAAAAAGGAUUGUUGCUUCAUUUGCCAAUAGUUAGAUAACCUGUGAUUAAUAUUGUAAGAGCAGAUUCAGUUCAAUGUUCACACCUAACAGAACUUAUUUCAGUUUAUUUUACAAAGAAGUGAGAUUGAAUAAUUAUUUAAGUGUUCUGCUUCUAGUUUCAGUAGAAGUCCAUUUAGUAUUGCUGUAGGUUAUCUAUGUUCUUUAAUACACUUGUUCUAUUUACAAUCGUCCUUUAUGGGAAAUGUGACACUUGAAGUUGUAGUUUCAAUCUAAACAUGUCAGGUUUUAGUGGAUAAACGUGAGUUUAUUGAUGUCUCAGAAACUAUAGAAAACAUGAAAUAGGGCAGAGAUGUAUUGAAAACGUGUUCAGAAAGUCAAUCAGAAUUAUUGUUCCUGUGUGCUAAAAUGAAAUAGAUUUCUUUAGCUUUAUUGGUGAAGAGUUUAUAGCAUUUCAUAUGUGCUGUAAAGACACUAGUGAAGUUCUAGAUUUAAAGUUUGCAAUUUAAAAAUGUAACUUAUAUUACAACUAACGUUCAGUGUGGAAGAUUGAAGAUAAUUGUAAUUUUCUUUUUGUUAUUGAAAACAUUAAAGUGUAGAGAGGAGAAUUUGA